AUUUUUGACAUUUACAGUCCAAAUACAAUUAAUUUCCAUUUUCGCAUAUUAUGUGAAUUAAAAAAAAAAAAGAAAAUAAAUAAACAUGAAUAGUUGUAUCCACAAAGGAAAAUUAUUAGUUGCAAGAGCCUUGCCAAUAAAAACAAGAUCGGAAUUUUGCGUUCCAGCAACUUGUCACAAGCCAGCAUGGUGCUCUAAAGACGAGACUCUAUUUUAUAAUAAAAAAUUUGAGGAAUUUAAUCAUAUUCAUAGGCGAAUGACCGAAGCAAUGAAAAGUCAUGAAAUGGAGUGCAACCAUUUGGACGAUCAAAUUAAAAAACAAUACGAUUUGCUUAUAAGAAAUCCUUUUUUCCCGAGAACGAAGGAGUUGGAUGUACACGGAAAUUUGCAUGAUCUUGCGCAGGUUCUACGAAGGGGUUACAAGAGAAAAUUUUCAAAUCACGUCACCUGCUUCUGAACUAUUGAUUUUAACGUACCACCUUUUAAGAACAAUAAACUUCAUAAACGUAAUACAUUAAAGCAAUGUGUUUAUUUGGAGUUCGAAUAAAACCAUUUAAAGUUUGAAACAA